AUGUUGACUUUGCGUGCCUUGUGUAACCCUGUUUCCAUUUGUUGUUUCACAUUCUCCAUCAACAGAUCUUCUGUUCCUUUUCCUGAAAUAGAUAUUAGAUCUAAAGAUUUCGCCGGAGCUCCAAGAUUAAACUUAAAGAGUAGAGAUGCCUCACAAAAUUUACUCUUAUGUCACUACAUAAAACUCGGAAAAGGAAGAGUAUCCAAAUCAUCUAAACAAGCUUAUGAAUUUUCUGAUUUUCCAUGGCCAUGUUCUGUACAAGAAGAGUAUCCAAAUCAUAAUCAAGUUAUGGAGUAUUUAGAAUCUUAUGCUCUUCAUUUCGGUUUACUCCCAUACAUCAAAUUCAACACCAAGGUUAUCGACAUCAACUAUUGUGUUCAACAAGGCCAAGAUAUGCGUUCUUGGAGUCAUUGGGGUGGUACUGCUACUGAUAACUGUUUCACUAAUCCGAAAGGUAAAUGGGAAGUUACUACUACCUGUGCUGCUGCUGUUCAAGGACACCUAGGCCAAGAUCCCCGAGUAUAUGAAGUAGAAUUUGUGAUUCUGUGCAUCGGGCGCUUUAGAGGGACUCCAAAUAUUCCUGAUUUUCCACCAAAGAAAGGUCCAGAAGGUUUCGUUAAUGGGAAAGUUAUACACUCUAUGCAUUACUCUGCCAUGGAGGAUUCUGAAGCGACGAAAUUCGUCAAAGGAAAACGUGUUACAGUCGUUGGCUUCCAAAAAUCCGCUCUAGACAUUGCUAAUGAAUGUGCCACUGUCAACGGAGUUGAAAAUCCGUGCACGUUGUUAUACAGAAAUUUACAUUGGAAUAUACCCGCUGAUUAUAAUCCAUAUACCGUUCUUGCUUCGCUAUAUCUUAAUCGUUUCUCCGAACUGAUGCUCUACAAACCUGGUGAAGGACGAUUCCUUAGUCUCUUAGUUACUUUACUUUCACCUUUGAGAUGGGCAAUUUCAAAAUGUGUUGAAAGCUAUAUUAAAUUUAAGUUGCCCUUGAAGAAAUACGAUUUGGUCCCAGAACAUAGAUUCUCAGCAGAUGUUACUUCUUGUUCGAUCUCAAUCGCACCUAAAGAUUUCUAUGAUAGGGUAGAAGAAGGAAGCAUUCUGUUGAAGAAAUCCAAGGGGUUCGGCUUUUACACAAACGGGUUGACAUUUGACGAUGAUGCAACUGCAGCUCUAGAGUCUGAUAUUGUGAUUCUUGGUACUGGUUAUAAGGGUGACUUAAAGCUCAAAAACAUCUUCAAGUCACCAACAUUUCAGAAGCACAUUACAGAUGUCUUAAACUCCACGGUCCCAUUGUACAGAGAAUCUAUUCAUCCACGAAUUCCACAACUGGCAGUAAUUGGAUAUUCCGAGAGCUAUGCAAAUUUGUAUACAUCAGAAAUGAGGUGUCGGUGGCUAGCACAUUUUCUCGAAGACGGAUUCAAGUUGCCAAGUAUAAAAGAGAUGGAGAAAGAUAUGUUGGAGUGGGAAAAAUAUAUGAAACGCUACUCUAGUAGGGGUGCUUGUAUUGGCGCAUUGCAUACUUGGUAUAACGAUCAGUUGUGCAAGGAUAUGGGUUGCAAUCCGAAGAGGAAGAAGAGAUUUUUCGCAGAACUGUUCGAGCCUUAUGGACCAACAGACUAUGCAAACCUCACUCCCGGCAAGAAAUAAAUGAUACUAUUCAACUUUGUGCCAGUUUCCAAGGAUUUGGGACCACCUUUGUUUGUAAGAGUGAUCGAGUUCAUGUUUGUUCAUUAUCAAAAUUAAAGAUUUUUUUCUAAGAUC